AUGGUACGUUUCCCCACCUUCGAUGGCCAGCCCUACUUCUACCCAUGGGUCAGCCAAGAAUUGCACAUGUUCCAUUGUCUUGCCUCACACCCCCCCGCCAUCGCCGCCGUAGAUGAGCUCUGGGAAGGCUGGUACUCCAGACAGCCACUUGACUGCAGCAUGGAACCCAACAUGGACCAUGUCUACUCCAUCAUGAGGCUCUGCGCUUACGAGCCAGAUAAGUGGCCCUAUAACCAGCCUAACCCUAACAAGACUACCUGGAGUGAGGUCUCCCAUAUUGCGCGGUACUGUAUCAGGAUGUGUGUUGUACUCCGAGGGGUUUUGCCGGUUAUCUACAGUAUUAGUUGGGAUUCUUGUGUUCCCAUCUUCAUGUGGCAUGCUAUGUUGAAUGUCAAGGCCCAUUCUUCUCGGGCAUUGAUUCAUCGUCGUGAUGAGCAACGGAGCAGAAUUUCAGCCUCUCGUGAGAGUGGUGGCUCAAAUUAG